AAACCUGGAUUUCCGGUUAUAAAAUUUGCACUGACAGAUUUAGAGGCGAUGAAGGAUUAAGCUAGAUUGAACAACAAGAAGAUAUAUCUAUACAGCAGUAGCUGUUGUGCUAGUGGUACAUCCAGAUAACUUGGUGUGGGAGAUUUAACCUAUCAGUAUGGCUAUGAUGGACGAUGCAGGGUUCCUGAUAACGCACAUCAGGAACUGCUUUAUCACCAGUGAUGACACUGGAAUGUGUGAAAUUGUCUUAGAAACAGACGAAAAUGACAAUUUUGAAAGGAAACAACCCAGCAAAUCUGACCCUUCAAGUGCUGAUGAUAGUGGGAUGGAAUCGUCAGACAUGGAGCUGUCCUCAGGGUCCUAUGACAUCAUGCCUGACAUGGGGUACCCAGGUCACAGAUUGAGAUCCAACACAGCCCAGAGAUUGGAACGCAUGAAGAAAGAAAAACGAAGUCAGCGUAAAGUUAAAAACAUUCCGUGGAGAGAUGCAGCUGUCAACUAUAAUGUGGAAGAUCGGGGUCAUCUGUUUGAGAAGAAGUCAUUGUCUGAGAAUGCUGAAUCUCCAAUCUCUAUACCAAAACAGUCCAAACUUACGGAGCAGCUGGAGAUGUCAUCCAGUGACACAGACAAUCCCUUUCUUGAUUACCUCAAGUUUGAUGGACGAGCAAGUGCAGGUGUCCACUCCAGGAAGAUAGAUAUAUUCCUUACUAUGGCUGGCCCCGCUGACCGCCCCUACCCGAUGCCUGUUGUAUGUGUGGUUACUGCCAAGAUACAGGAGCUGAUUGGUCUCAUCUGUUGGCAGUACACGAACGAAGGCAGGGAUCCAAAGCUCAAUGAGAACAUAGAGAUGUAUUCCCUCCACAUAGCGGAGGAUGACGGUGAGGUGGACAUGGACUUCCCUAGCCUUGACCCACGUGAGCCGGUUUCAAAAUUUGGGUUUGCUAAGCUAGCAUUGGUGGAAAAAAAUAUACCUACACAAACUUUGUCGAAGGCAUCUCUUGUGGUGACAGUAUAUGUGCCACAUCGAGGUUUCAAUAAGUUCCAGAUGGAAGGUAUGGAUAUUCCCAUGAAAGAUAUCCUCCAGAGAGUCCUGAAGAGGAGGAAGGUGAAGAUCAGGCCAGGCCAGAGCUACAAUCUUGAGAAACAGACAGAACCAGGAGUGGCCGUGGAUUUAGAUGCUACACUAGCAAACAUGGAUACCAUGGAAUUUUGCCUGGUCAGACAACACAGUACUCGAGGUGAGGAGGUCCAGGAGGAGGAGGGCGAUAUGUCUGGUAUGGCUGAAUCGCUCACCAGUCACCAGUACAAGAGUUACAUUGUUAGUCUGGUGCAUAAACUUAGGGCCAAUACAGAGGUUCAGCUCGGGGUGAGCGGAGAAAAAGUGGAAAUUGAUCCUGUGGCCAGUAAAGGUACACUGCGUAUAUUCCGACAGAAGGCCGUCACCUAUGACGCCGACAGUAUAGCUUCCUGUGACAUCAUAGAGGAAAAAGUCACAGGGAAGUGUAUAUUCAGACUUACACAUCUGAGUAACCAUGACUACAAGCACCAUGACUUUGAGGCUGAAUCAGAGGUUGCCAUGGAGAUAGUGUCUAAGCUUAAAAACAUUUUAGAACUGAGAAUUAGCCCAGCUAGGAAGGAAUAUAUGGCAGCACAGACACGCAAACUCCUCAAGAAAAGAGAUUCUCUAAAAUUCACAUCUUUAUCAUAGCAGGAUAGUGUUAGUAUGAUGUGUGAAACUUAAUUGUAAGAAGGUUGAAAAAAAAAGAGAAAAAGGUACAUGAAACUAGUGGCCACUUUAUAAUAACUUGAUGUAUAUCUAAAUAUUGUCAGUAAAAUUUCAUAUUUGUAUGUGCCAUAUACAUUAGAAAACUUGGAAACUGCAUUUUGAGCUGUGAAAAUUACCAAUAACUGGUUCAUGUAUACGUGUAUAUGAUUGGGCAGUGCCGGCCUGUUUCAAAAUAAAGAUCUCUCUCUUGUGAAUUCUUAACUACAAGUGCACUGAAUUGCACAGCUGGUGUCUGGAUUUUUUUUAGAUAUUUCUAAAUUCAAAUUUCAUGUUGCUGGACAAGUAAUAUUUGUUUUAAUUAGCUUUAAAUAUUAAAUUAAUACUGUCAUAUAUUUUUUGUACCCUGUUUCAUACAAAUGUAAUAAUAUUCAUGUAUAUGUUAGGGACUACAUUUGUACAUACAACUCUGUUGUCCAGGACUCAUCAGGGACAUGAUACAGCUGUUUUAUUCUGCUAGGACUCGUCAGUGAUGUUAGGGACCUCAUACAGCUGUCUCAUCCUUCUAGGACUCGUCAGUGAUGUUA